CGCCCGCCGCUCCAGCAUGCACGGAGGAUGCUCGCGUCUUGCUCGGGCAGGAAGGGGCCGGAGGGCAGGUACCCGCUGCACUACCUCGUCUGGCACAACCGAGCCCGGGACCUGGACCGGGAGCUCAGCGCCAAGCAGGCCGACAUCGAGCAGCUGGACCCCCGAGGACGCACCCCGCUGCACCUGGCCACCACGCUGGGCCACCUCGAGUGCGCCAGGGUGCUGCUGAAGCAUGGAGCUGACGUGGGCAAGGAGAACCGCAGCGGCUGGACGGUGCUGCAGGAGGCCGUGAGCACCCGCGACCUGGAGCUGGUGCAGCUGGUCCUGCGCUACCGCGACUACCAGCGAGCCAUCAAGCGCCUGGCCGGGAUCCCCAUCCUGCUGGAGAAGCUGCGCAAGGCCCAGGACUUCUACGUGGAGAUGAAGUGGGAGUUCACCAGCUGGGUGCCGCUGGUGUCCAAGAUCUGCCCCAGCGACACGUACAAGGUGUGGAAGAGCGGCCAGAACCUGCGGGUGGACACCACGCUGCUGGGCUUCGACCAUAUGACCUGGCAGCGGGGCAACCGCAGCUUCGUCUUCCGCGGGCAGGACACCAGCGCCGUGGUGAUGGAGAUCGACCACGACCGGCGGGUGGUCUACUCGGAGACGCUGGCCCUGGCCAGCCACGACCAGGAGGUGCUGCUGGCUGCUGUGCAGCCCACGGAGGAGCAGGUGAUGGGGCGGCUCACGGCCCCCGUCGUCACCACCCAGCUCGACACCAAGAACAUCGCCUUCGAGAGGAACAAGUCCGGGAUCCUGGGCUGGCGGAGCGAGAAGACGGAGAUGGUGAACGGGUACGAGGCCAAGGUCUACGGGGCGUCCAACGUGGAGCUGAUCACGCGGACGCGGACCGAGCACCUCUCGGACCAGCACAAGGGCAAGAGCAAAGGCAGUAAGACCCCGCUGCAGUCCUUCCUGGGCAUCGCCGAGCAGCACGUGGGGCCCAACAACGGGACGCUGAUCACGCAGACGCUGAGCCACGCCAACCCCACCGCCAUCACCCCGGAGGAGUACUUCAACCCCAACUUCGAGCUGGGCAACCGGGACAUGGGGCGGCCCAUGGAGCUCACCACCAAGACGCAGAAGUUCAAGGCGAAGCUGUGGCUGUGCGAGGACCACCCGCUGUCCCUCUGCGAGCAGGUCGCCCCCAUCAUCGACCUGAUGGCGAUCAGCAACGCGCUCUUCGCCAAGCUGCGGGACUUCAUCACCCUGCGCCUCCCGCCCGGCUUCCCCGUCAAAAUCGAAAUCCCCAUCUUCCACAUCCUCAACGCCCGCAUCACCUUCGGCAACCUCAACGGGUGCGACGAGCCCGUCAGCUCCCUGCGGCACAGCCCCAGCAGCGAGGCGCCCUCGCCCAGCAGCGACUCCUCCAGCGUCAGCAGCUCCAGCUCGCUCACGUCGUGCCGGGUGUGCGAGAUGGACCCGGCGCUCUUCGAGGUGCCCCGGGGGUACAGCGUGGUGGGCACCCACCAGGACACCCUGCGGGAGGACGAGGACGACCUGCUGCAGUUCGCCAUCCAGCAGAGCCUGCUGGAGGCGGGCAGCGAGUACGACCAGGUCACCAUCUGGGAGGCGCUGACCAACAGCAAGCCGGGCACCCACCCCAUGUCCCACGAGGGCCGCCGGGGAGACAGGACUCCCCAGCACACGGCAGCCCCCCGUCCCCCGGGCAGCCCGUCCCCGGGGGGGGGUGGGGGUCCCGGGGCGCUGCUCCCCAGCUACGCGGAGCAGCUGCGGCUGGCCAUGGCGCUGUCGGCGCGGGAGCAGGAGGAGGCCGAGCGGCGGACGCGGCAGGAGGAAGAGGAGCUGCAGCGCAUCCUGCAGCUCUCGCUGACCGAGAAGUGA